AUGGUGGGGACGCUCGGGCCGUCGUCCAGCGGGAAGUACAACAUCCACCACCGUCGGUGGAUCCCGGCAUCCCUGCUGUCGUACAGGACGCUGUUCAUCGCAUUAUGGAUCGUGGGGUUCUCUUCCGUUGCGAUCUGGCAGCGGAGGUCCGCGGAGAUUGUGUGGAGCUCCCGGCGGGGGCCGCCGAAGCCGGCGCCGCUCCUACGGCCGCGGGCAUUCAACCUGACGGAUUUCGGUGCGGUCGGGGACGGGGUGACUCUCAACACGGUGGCGUUUGAAAAGGCGGUGGCGGCGAUAUCACGGCUACGACGAAGCGGGGGAGGUCAGCUCAAUGUGCCGGCCGGCGUGUGGCUGACCGGUCCCUUUAAUCUCACCAGUCACAUGACCCUUUUCCUCGAGGAAGGGGCUGUGAUCCUCGGAGCAGACGUGAGAUUAGUCUUCUUCCGUUGCUUACGCUGCUAUUCUCUUUUCUAUUAGGACGCAGUCUCUCUGCAUACUCUUGGGUUAGAAUUCGUAUGCUAACCAUGAUAGUUUUAUUUCCGUAGGAAAGAUGACGGCUCGUCCUUCAUUGACAACUCCAACCGCAUGCAUUUUUCACGAACAUUGCUUUUAAUUAUCAACCUCCUUGCAUCGAAGUGUAUGCACGAGAGUUGAGCAAAAUGCUAUGUUCAGUUAUUUCGAGAUUGGAUAAUUGACUGAACCCGAUUACACAUUUCUCUCUAGAGGUGGAUAACUCCGGGUCCGUGAUUGAUUUCCGAAAACUUCCUUCAAUAGUCCUAGUCAAGCACUUGUUGACUUAUAUGUUCUGUUCGUUCGAACAUUGUUGGAUCGUUUUUAUCUAUUUCUCCUAGCGAAUACAUUUUGUAUCAGUAACAUGUUAAUACAUUUGUCUCCUAGCGACUACACAUUUUUCUCCUUCAGUAGUCCUAGUCAAUUACUUGUUGAGUUAUCUAUCUGUUCUGUUCGUUCGAGUAUUGUUGGAUCGUUUUUCUCUAUUCUCCUAGCGAAUACAUUUUGUAUCAAUGCCAUGGAUGUCCUUGUUUAUUUACAACGUGCAAGAAUAUGAUCAUAAGUUACAUAUAAUUAUUUAUAACCUUCAGCUGACAUAAUUUGUCUGUGCGUGUGGGCUAUUGGAUGCAUGAAAAUACUUUUCAGGAAUCUUCCCAUCUGCUCUCUCGAUGGAUAAGGGACAUUUAGGCAUGUUUUCUGGUUCUCAUCUAUCAUUUUGAUUUUAGGAAUCCAUUUGAGGCCUUGCUACGCAUUGUCAUUGGAGGGAUAAUUUUUUCUGGUAUAUGGAUCGAGUUGCAAGGAGUCCACUUUCCAAAUCUUUUGCCUUCAUUCCUGAGUGUUAGCCUUUGCAACGAGCCAACUUUCAACAAAUUGUAUCCUUUGACACCAGAGAAAGCUGGCAAAACAUCAUGCCACAUUUUUUGGUUUCAGAAUUCAAUGCAAAAAGCAGUUACCUAGAGGUCACAAGGAUUGACUAAUAUUACAGUCAGGAGCUUCUCUCACUGUUUUCAAGUUGGUCAUUAAAUUUUGGUCAUUAAAUUCUUCACGAAACGCAAUCUGAGAUGAUUUUUUUCCGUUAAUGAAGUGUUAAUUUUGGGUUAUUUUCCUUCUGUUGUGAGACAAUUAUCAAACACGCUUUUUCUUGCCGUGCAUCUCAUCUUGCUGUCCAAAAUCUAUAAUAAUAAGUACGUCAGCGAGUGUUACUUAAAGUUCAUUUACAUCGUGUUCCACGGUCUUUUGAAUUUGUGGACACUUUGAAAGUGCAUGAAAACUGUGGUUAGUGCUGCAUAGAAAUAGCUGGUGAAAUGUAGCCUUGCCCAUUCAAAUCUAAUGUGGCAUUCCUUUUGACAGGACGAAAAGCUGUGGCCACUGAUGCCCCCGUUGCCUUCAUAUGGAUAUGGACGAGAGCACAAGGGACCUAGAUAUGGGAGUCUGAUUCACGGUCAAAACCUCAGGGAUGUUGUUUUAACAGGUAAGUACAGCAGCUCGUCAUUAAUUUUCAACUCUAUAAUAUAUUUAUUUGCAUGGAUACCUCUCCUCCUCACUGAUGACCAUAUAGAAAGGCACUGUUAAACACCACCAUCUAUAGAACAGAGGAGAGCACACUUUUUUUAUCGCUCUAGAAUUCCUUCAAAUUCAUCAGUGGGAAUUGAAAUUAAGUGCCUCUUUGACUGGAUGUUAUAUCGAUCUUAUUUCCUUCUCUUCUGCAGGCCACAAUGGUACUAUCGAUGGUCAUGGUGAAAAGUGGUGGAAAAAAUUUCGGCAGAAAAAACUUCAUCACACCAGGGGUCCUCUCGUGCAGAUUAUGUGGUCCAGAGACAUAGUCAUUUCAAAUAUUACUCUACGCAACUCUCCUUUCUGGACAAUUCAUCCCUACGAUUGCAAGAAUGUAUCUAUCUUGGGGGUUACCAUCUUAGCCCCUGUAUCUAAUGCGCCUAACACUGAUGGGAUAGAUCCAGGUAUAUUAGCAAUUCGCACAUUGACUUCAAGCUUUUGUACUGUUGCUGUAGUUGCUGCUCUGGCACUUGCUACUCAUUUGCUCAUUUUUUACUUUUCGUUAUACUACUUAUUUCACUGACUUGAUUUUGUGGGGAAAAUAAUGGCUAAAUUAAACCACCCGCUGCCUCAAUGAACCAUAAUCAAUCAUCAACAAAAAAGUUUUAUUGUCUUUGUAUCCCCAUGCUUUUCCCGCUUUAUGUUAAUGUUAAGACACUAUGAACAUUGUGGCAUUUGAUGCAUGCGAAAACACCUAUUUAUGAACAUUCUGACAUUAUAGCCAUGCCAUCUCCAAUUAUUUAUGUUUAUUUAUCCUAAAAAAUACCGUGGCAGAUUCUUGCCAAGAUGUGAUCAUAGAAGAUUGUUACAUAUGCGUGGGAGAUGAUGGAAUAGCAAUCAAGAGCGGGUGGGACCAGUACGGCAUUGCAUAUAAGCGACCAUCUACCAACAUUUUGAUACGCAAUGUUGUCCUUCGGUCUACAGUGAGGUGAGUUCUUCCUCUAUUUGCCACUUUUUAUUUUUUGUUCUAAAAAUAGUUCAUCGUGCCUUUUAGCAUUUAUAUUCUUGUAAUCACUAUUAAUAGACAUGCCCGAAAUAUUUGAAGUCAUGCAUUCCCCACAUCUGCAUGCUUUCCCAUCUUCUUCAAAAGCUUUAGUAUAUAUUUAAGGCAAAAACUUUUACCCCAAAGGGAAUAGUUGCCAAAUUAAUCUGCGGAGUUCGUUCUGCAGUGAUCGAUUUCCACCAAAAGACCUGAUUCGUGAACGUGGGGGUUCUGGCCUCUUCUGAAGACCCCGCAGGGGUUGCAGAUGGGCUGGCACGAACAUGCUCUGUCGAAUUUCCAUGACUAUGAAACUUCCGUGAUGAUGAUGAUGAUGAUGAUGGUCGUCGUCGUCAUCAUCAUCAUCAUUAUUGUUAUUAUAGUCCUGAAGAUUGAAGUCAGAUGUAUCGAGAACUUUGUGUUUUCUCAUACUCUGCCAAAUUUCCACGAAUGCACAGCUUCUAUCAUCAUCAUCAUCAUCAUCAUAUUAUUAUCAUCGUCAUUGUUCUUAUUAUUAUUGUAAUUAUUAAACAGAUUUUUAUAGAUCAGAUCGCAUUGAGCGCCUUUCGUUUUCUGAUAUUCUCUGCUAAAUUUUCAUGAAUGUGAAGCGUACUCGAUCAUCAUCUGCCUACUCGUCAGCAUUAUCAUUACUAUAGGGUUGAGAUCGAGUGCCAUGGGCCUUCUAGAGUACCAUGACGAAUUGGCAUGCGUCUGAAACUUCCCUGCUCGUCAUCAUCAUCGUCAUCACCAUAAAAAGAUGUGUCCUCUUGCUGACAUUCUCUGGGCAAUUUGCAUGAAUGCGGAACCCCUACGACAUCAUAAAUCUUCAUUGUCAUCAUCAUCAUGAUUAUUAUUAUUAUCAUCAUCAUCGUCGUCGUCAUCGUCGUCAUAAAUCCUGAGGAGCUGAGAUUUGGUGGAAUUUGGAAAGUUGACUGGCGUAUUGAUUGCAGCGCGGGGAUAUCGAUCGGGAGCGAGAUGUCGGGGGGGGUGUCGAACGUGACGGUGGAGAAUGUGCUGGUGUGGGACUCUCGGCGCGGGGUGCGGAUCAAGACGGCCCCCGGGCGCGGCGGGUACGUGCGCAACAUCACCUACCGCGGCAUCGUCUUCCACAACCUCCGCGUGGGGAUCGUCGUGAAGACGGACUACAACGAGCACCCCCCCGACGGCGCGUUCGACCCGCGCGCCGUGCCGGCCGUGGAGAGCAUCACCUUCAGCGGCGUGCACGGCCGCGGCGUGCGCGUCCCCGUGCGCCUGCAGGGCAGCGCCGAGAUUCCCGUGCGGGGGCUCACCUUCCGCGACCUCGCCGUGGGCCUCGCCUACAAGAAGAAGCACGUCUUCCAGUGCGCCUUCGUCCAGGGCCGCGUCCUCGGCGCCGUCUUCCCCGCCCCCUGCGCCAACCUCGACCUCUACGACGAGCGCGGCAACCUCGUCCGCCCCUCCACCACUCCCAACAUCACGGACGUAGACUACGACAUCUAA